AUGAUUUCCGAUCACUUCAGACUGGCUGUUGCACAGCUCAACCCGACAGUCGGCGACGUCGCUGGCAACGCGGACCUCGUCCGCAACGCGCGCCGGAAAGCUGCUGAAGAGGGGGCCGAUCUGGUCCUCUCAUCAGAAUUGGUUCUCGCCGGAUAUCUGCCGGAAGAUCUCGUGUUGAAGCGCGCUUUCGUUCGCCGGUGCAUGGAUGCUGCCGAGGAACUUGCCCGUGAGACCGCUGAUGGCGGUCCAGCGCUGGUCAUCGGUACCCCGUGGCGGGGGAGUGACGAGAAGGUCUAUAAUGCCGUCGUCCUGCUGGACGCGGGCGAGGUUAGAGCCGUUCGAUACAAGUACGAUCUCCCGAAUUACAGUGUCUUUGAUGAAAAACGGGUCUUUGAAUCAGGACCGCUUCCAGGGCCAGUUGAUUUUCGAGGUGUCCGGAUAGGUCUGCCGAUCUGUGAGGACAUCUGGAACGACGAGGUAUGCGAGUGCCUCGAGGAAACCGGAGCAGAGCUGCUGCUGGUGCCCAAUGGGUCUCCCUACUGGGAAAAUCGUGCUGAAGAACGCCUGCAGGUGGUGGUGUCGCGCGUUGUGCAAACCGGCUUGCCGCUGGUUUACUGCAACCAACUCGGCGGGCAGGACGAACUCGUAUUUGACGGCGGAUCCUUCGCCCUCCAGGGAGAUCGCUCGCUUGCCUUCCAGAUGCCCCAGUUCGAGACCGCUCUCGGCAUCAGUGACUGGAAGCGCGACGGAGAAACCUGGAUCUGCGAGCAGGGGGAGACCGUCAAGCUUCCUGAUCUUGAUGAAGCCAACUGGCGCGCCUGUGUUCUCGGGCUCGGCGACUAUGUCAAGAAGAACGGUUUCCCUGGCGUGGUGCUCGGUCUGUCCGGUGGCAUCGAUUCCGCGAUCUGUGCGGCCAUGGCGGUCGACGCUCUCGGGCCUGACAAGGUGCACGCGAUCAUGUUGCCCUACCGCUAUACGUCGGAAGACAGCAUCAAGGACGCAGCCGAGUGCGCUGCGGCACUCGGAAUUCGUUACGAUACGGUUCCGAUAUCAGAACCGGUCGAGGGCUUCAGGUCGACGUUGAGCGGAUUGUUCGAAGGGACGAACGAGGACACGACGGAAGAAAAUCUUCAGUCGCGUGCCCGGGGCGUCAUCUUGAUGGCCGUUUCCAACAAGUUCGGGCACAUGGUCAUGACGACCGGCAACAAGUCGGAGAUGUCGGUCGGUUAUGCAACGCUGUAUGGCGACAUGAACGGCGGUUACAAUCCGAUCAAGGAUCUUUACAAAACACAGGUGUAUCACCUUGCCGCCUGGCGCAACGAAAACAUGCCGGCAGGCAUGCUCGGCCCUGGGGGGGAGGUAAUUCCGUCCAACAUCAUCACCAAGGUUCCCACGGCGGAGCUCCGGGAAAACCAGACCGAUCAGGAUUCCCUGCCGCCAUAUGAUGUGCUUGACGAUAUUCUCGAGUGUCUCGUUGAAGAGGAAAUGUCCGUCAGUGAAAUCGAAAAGCGCGGUCAUGACAGGGCUUUGAUUCACAGGAUCGAGCAUUUGCUCUAUAUUGCCGAAUACAAACGGCGACAGGCACCUCCGGGCGUCAAGAUUACUGAACGAAAUUUCGGCAAGGAUCGCCGCUAUCCCAUCACAAAUCGGUUCCGGGACCGCAGCUGA